AUGAGGGACGUGGUGGUGGUGGCGGGUGGGGGCGGGAAGGCGGCGAGCAGGCAGGCCCAGGGCGGCGGCGGAGGGACGGCGACGGCGUCGGCUUCGGCCCCGUGCGCGGCGUGCAAGCUGCUGCGGCGGCGGUGCGCGGCGGGGUGCGUGUUCGCGCCCUACUUCCCUCCCGGCGAGCCGCACAAGUUCGCCAACGUGCACCGGGUCUUCGGCGCCAGCAAUGUCAGCAAGCUCCUCCAGGACAUACCGGUGCAGCACAGAGGGGACGCCGUGAGCAGCCUGGUGUACGAGGCGAACGCGCGCGUGAGGGACCCGAUCUACGGCUGCGUCGGCGCCAUCUCGUCGCUGCAGCAGCAGGUGGAGGCGCUGCAGGCGCAGCUGGCGCUGGCGCAGGCGGAGAUGGUCAGGCUCCGGAUGAGCAACGACUACAUCUCGCGCCGCCUCCGGCCGGUGCGCGGCGGCGGCGGCGGCGGGAGCACCACCACCACAGGCUCGCCGUCCUCCAUGUCGUCGCCGGCCAAGACGGCGGAGCCGGAGCCGCUCUGCAGGCCCACGCCGGAGCUGGACAUGGUGGUGGACCAGCCGGACUUCGGCUUCUGGUCCUACUAAGCAUAUACUAUCUUUGGAGCAAGUUAGUGCUGGUAGCUGAUCUUAGCUGUGAUCAUCGAUCAAAAAAGUGUUGCUUUUUUGUUUUUUUUGAGCGAGUGACGGAUGAUAUGGUAUGGUAUAGUUCAUAGCUAGUUGUGACUCAAGUAUAUGGCGAUGUGUGCGCAGUAGCAGCGUGACACUGGGAGGGAGGUGAACAUAGGCAGAGGCCUCCUCCUAGACCUUCUUCUGGGAUAUAUCAGGGUUUUUUUUGUUGGGCUAUCCUUCUAUGAGAAGGUAGAAAACUGUUACAGACAUUGUUGUGCAUUCACUGC